GUGGAGCCGGAGUCCACCGGGGCCCUAGUCUCAGUCGGAGUUAAAGACCUAGCAAAAACGGGGCGGGCUGGGGCCACUGCCGGCCGACUUUCCGAAAGCUUCUCCCUCGCGCCCCCGGGGCCCGUGAAGGCGCCGGCUCCAGGCGGCGGGCCCCACCGCUGCAGACAGGCUCCGCGGAGGUCGGCGCCCGGGGCAGCGCGCAAGGCUGGCGGCCAGGAGUUGGAGGAGCCCCAGGAGCGCGCGCGCCGGGCCACUGCCGGCCCUGGUGCUGCUCCUGUUCGUGCUGGGGCUGGUGCCGGAACGUGCGGCAGAAAGUCCCUGGGGACUGCCUUUAGUGGCAGAUGGCCCGGUUCCGUUAGCAAAGGUGUUGAUGGCAGAACUAGCCAAACUGCAGCUGGAAGACAAGCCAUGGCCAAGAGGGACUCACUCCCUCCGCUACCACUACCUGGCCCUGUCAGCGCCAGGCCCGGACCUCCCCCAGUUUCUGGCUGUAGGCUAUGUGGACGACCAUCCCUUCAUCCAGUAUGAUAGUCGUGUGGACAGGGCUGAGUCCCAGGUCCCAUGGAUGGCGCCCCUGGAUGCCCAGUACUGGGAGACAGAGACCCAGAAGCAGAGGGUCUGGGCGAAGGUGCAGCAGGUGGAGACAUGGAUGGUGAUGGGCUACCACAACCACAGCAGCGGCACGCACAGCACGCAGCGCAUGUUUGGCUGUGAGGUCCAGGAGGACGGCCGCUCCAGCGCCUUCUGGCAGUUUGGCUUUGACGGGCAGGACCACCUGUCUCUGGAUCUGGACACGCUGAGCUGGGUGUCAGCCAAGCAUGUGGCCAUAGGGACCAAGCGCUGGUGGGAGGCCGAGCGCUGCUACGCAGAAUAUGACAAGGCUUACCUGGAAAGCAUCUGCCUCAGCUCCCUGCGCAGGUACCUGGAGCUGGGAGGCCAGACCUUCACUCGGAGAGAGCCACCUAGAGUGCACGUGACAGGCCGCACAGCCCAGGCUGGGGGCACCAUGCUGAAGUGCUGGGCCCUGGGCUUCUACCCACAGGACAUCUCAUUGAGCUGGUGGCUGGGUGAGGAGGAGCUAGCUCUCGAAACCGAGUAUGUGGAGACACGGCCCAACGGGGAUGGCACCUACCAGACGUGGGCGGCCGUAUGGGUGCCGGCUGGGAAGGAGGCCUUGUAUGCCUGCCACGUGCAGCACUCCAGCCUGGACCAUGUGCUCACUGUGGCCUUGGAACUGCCCUCUCACCAGUGGAUGACCUCCAUCACCGUUGUUAUCACCAUUCUCUUGCUGGUGGCUGGAAUUGUGUUCUUGGUCAGGAGGUGCUGUCAAGGUGGAACAGGCCCUCGCUGUUACCAAAGUCCAGAGGGAGCAAGGGCUGCUCAGCAACUCUGCUGACAAGUCCACCAGCUCAGCUCAGCAAGGUGUUCUGGAGCCUGGAGGUCCCCUGCACUGGCUGGCUGACAGGUGUGAUCUGACUGUGAAGGGCCCACCCUGCCCCAAAACAGCCCUCAGCCCCACCAACCUCGUUGCAGCCAGCCUGUGCUGCCAAGAUGGCUUUGCAUUUUCCUGAAAUCCUCUGAAAAUGCUUAAUAGCUUCCAGUCUGGAGUGCAGUAAAAACACCUCAUGUCGGUUCACAAAUGACAAUUUGCAGAAUGACUUCCCAUUAAGCGUUAAGUCCUGCUUAAGAGUGUUAAGCCUGUUACAUUGUACUUUGUAGGCAGUGUUCCUCUCUUCCCCACUUCCUCAGCACAGAAGCCAAGGCUCUGGGCAGCUAAGGAAGAGCCAGAAAAACAGCUUAGGGACCUGUGAGGGUGGCAUCCUGCAUCCUUCUGCAGUGCAGGGAAGAAGUGGCCAGAAGUCUGCCUCUCCGUAUGUGUGUACAUAUGCUCCCGUUUGUAAAAUAGAUCAGACUCAGGGGGAAGCGAAAUGUGUGGGUGUCUGUACGUCCAGGGAGAGAAAAUCCCAGGGUAAAAUACCUCUAAAACCAAAAUUAGUCAAAGGAGAGAAAGUUUAAAAUCCGUUUUUUGCAUAUAAACUGCAGUCCAGGGCCAUUUCUCUCUCCUACUCCAGCAAAAGCAAAACCAGAACUACCCCUAACCUCUCAGGUUCAGACACGCCCUCUGUUGCCCAGGUAAUUACCCAUUGACUUGGAGAUGAACUCUCCAACCCUGAGGAUAUGCAAAUGCACUAAAGCCAGGUGAGAUAUUCUGGAAAUGUUACAAUUUUACCCACAGGCCACCCCUCCAGAAAUCUCGCCUUACAAUCUACUGUUCCCCUUCUUCCGUAAUGGUCACUGGGCAAGAAAACUGGAGUAUUGUGACCAGACUAAUGACAUAUAAUAGCAACAGCAAUAAAAUUAUGACAAUCCUCAAGCCAGAGGAUUCAGCCUAUGCAGAUUAAGUGGAUGUGCUUUACAGCACAAUCUCUCACCAAGCACAAAAUAUUUAAUACACUAUUAUUAUCACUUGCUACACUUGUUUACUCAUUCCUAACAACCAUGCUAGAUUACUCACAAAACUUUUACUGAACAUUAGACAAAGUUGAGCCUUUUAAGCAUUUUUUCUUGACAACAGCAAUUAAAAUCAUGAUAAUCCUCAAGACAGAGGAUUCAGCUGGGUUCAAAGUCCCAUGCAGAUAAGUAUUUAUUGACUGAUAAAAUGGGAUUACAGAAGCAGGGAGAUGGGGACCCUAGCCCUCUAUAGAAGGCCUAAAAGGGCUUCCUGCAGUGAUGGAACUGUCCUAAAUUUGUGCUAACACAGUAGGUACCACUACAUGAUUUUUGCUCUCUUGAAGUGUGGCUAGGGCAACUCAGGAACUGAAUUUUAAAUUGUAUUUUGAUUAAUUUUAAAUAGUCGCUACCAAAUCAUACUGAACUUUCAGUUCCACACAAAGAAGGCACGUUGAAUUCUGGUCCUUCCUAGGACCCUCAGGAGUAGCAUAGCAAGUCCAAACGAAAGAUGAAGAAAUGAGACAAGUUUCUUUACCCAAUCAGGAGAGGUGAGCUCACAGUUAAUAUUUUUAGGCAUAAAAGGAGGAAAUAUUUAAAAGAAGGAUUUCUUGUAUUUUUUUCCAUCUGACCAAAAUGGCCUUGUGACGGGAGAACACUAAUGGAAAGUAGCUAAAAAAAACAAACUUUAUUACUCCUUCCCAAAAAGAGCUGGGGCUGGGGCCUCAAAAGAGUCUAUAAGUACAAACAAGGCUUUAUUUGGUGACUGACUCUUUGGAAAUGGGGUGUAAGGCAAAAUCUAGUAUUGAGGCAAAUCAAGUGGGUUUUUCCCUUUCUCCUUUCACACCAUGUCAGUGGUGAAGAGGUCUGGGAAUUCUGAAAGGGAAAACAGUUUGUGCUGGCAGUGUUAGUAAGAGAAGAGGAAAUGAGAGGUUCUGUAAGGGAAUGCAAGAAACACCCUAGAGCGAGAGCCACCCAGUUUCCAUACCCUAAGGGGGAUGAAACUCGUGGGGACGAGACUCGUGACAAGACGUUAAGGGAUGCUCAAGCAAAGGUCAGGCAAGCGGCGGGUCCCUGUUUCAACUUUAUUGGUUAAAGCAUGGGGUGUGUUUUAACUUCAUUGGUUGUAGUAAUGUAUGGGCGUUGGUGUAAUAGCUGUGGAAAUCCUAUAUAAUCUAUACCUAAAGUUGCUUGGGGGUCGACAGCUCGGACUCGACCUGCGUGUCAGGGGAGGUGCUGUCGGCCCCAGCUAGCUGGCUGAAUAAAGACUUUGCUUGGAUUUA